AUGAACGCAAUUUUCGAGAGGAUCCAAGCGAUCCAAGACUCGCUCUCCGACGAGGCUCUGGCGCCACUCAAAAGCUACAAGUACCAGAGUGUGGAUAAAUCCUUUAUCUCUAGAUAUGUCCUGAAGCACUACUGGAAUGCGUUUGUCGAACUCCUGCCGAUGUGGAUAGCUCCGAACAUGGUAACCUUAUUGGGUUUCAUGUUCAUUGUCGGAAAUGUGAUGCUCAUAGAGAUGUUGAUGCCUGACCUUGUGGGACCUGGUCCCUCUUGGUUAUAUUACAGCUUUGCUUUUGGCAUGUGGAUGUACUCCACGCUGGAUAACGUUGAUGGCAAACAAGCCCGGAGAACGGGAACGUCUAGUGGGUUGGGGGAGUUGUUUGAUCACGGCAUCGACUCCUUGAAUUGUACGCUUGCUAGUCUACUAGAGACUGCCGCGUUGGGCUUUGGCUCCACGAGUCUAGGCGCCUGGACAGCUCUCGUUCCUUGCCUCGCAAUGUAUUUCUCCACCUGGGAGACCUAUCAUACACAUACACUCUACCUCGGCUACUUCAAUGGCCCUACCGAGGGUCUUCUGAUCGCAAUUGGUUUGAUGGUGGCAUCGGGCUGGUAUGGACCUGAAAUAUGGUCUCGGCCGAUCGUCGAGUUCUUGAACAUCCCCCAGAUCUUUGGAAACAACUCCAUGAAGGACCUUUGGAUUCCCCUCCUUCUCUCAUCGUUCUUUUUGGGGCAUUUGCCUGGUUGUGUCUACAACGUCAUUUCUUCAAGAAGGAAACAGAAUCUCCCCAUAUCCCCAAUCUUCAAGGAGUGGGUACCAAUGAUCGUCUUCACUGGAUGCAAUAUGGCUUGGCUCUUCUCUCCUUAUUCGAGCAUAUUGGCUGAUAACCGCUUGGUGCUGUACUGUUGGACAAUCUCAUUCGUCUUUGGACGGAUGACUACCAAGAUCAUUCUUGCGCAUCUUCUGAGACAGCCAUUCCCUCAUUGGACAAUCUUGCAAACCCCUCUAGUUGGUGGUGCCAUUUUAGUGAACUUGCCCUGGAUUGGUCUUCCCGGGAUGAGCGCGUGGGUGGAGCUCCUGUACCUGCGGGUUUAUCUCCUCUUUGCCUUUGCCAUCUAUAUGUACUGGGCAUUCUUGGUUAUCAACCGGAUCACGACUUUCUUGGGAAUUAAUUGUUUGACGAUUCGGCGCGACAAGUCGGCAGCCCGAGAGCAGGCUUACCGUGACAUUGAUACUUCUGCUCCUGGCCUGAAAGCUCCAGACAGCAGAGAGUCUGCAGUCAUCCAAGUUCAAGAUGCAGACGAGCUGCGUUUGGCCCAAAUGGGUCACAAACAGGAACUGAAGCGCCAUUUUUCUGUUUGGAGCUUAAUUGGACUGGCUGCUAACUGUACCAUAUCCUGGACUGGGCUUGGACUUGGUUUGAUCACCUCCAUCAACGCUGGUGGGCCCGGUGCUCUUAUCUACGGAUUUAUCCUCGUUUUUAUCCUCCAGUGCUUCCUGGGCACGUCGUUGGCGGAAUUCGUCUCGGCUUACCCAGUCGAAGGUGGAAUGUACCACUGGAUCGCAGCUAUUGCCCCAAAGCGCUAUAACAGUCUCUUGAGCUUUCUGACCGGCUGUUCUACAGUCUUUGGCUGGAUUUUCACGGCAGCAUCAACAAAUUUGGUCUAUGCCUCAAACUUCAUGGCCCUAAUUGCGUUGUAUCACGAUGACAUUAAGCUCAAACCCUGGAUGACUUUUGUUGCAUAUCAGGUCUCGAAUGUCUUGACAUCUGCAGUGGUUAUGUUUGGAAAUCGUUACAUCCCGAGCAUCAAUAAGUUUGCCUUGGUAUACCUCCAGCUAGCAUGGUUUGUCAUCACGGUCACAGUGGCCGCGACAGCGCCCACCCACAAUGAUAGCAAGUUUGUUUUUCGAACCUGGAUGAACAAUACAGGUUGGGAAAGCAAUGUUAUCUGUUUCAUCACGGGCUUGGUGAAUCCGCUGUUUUCUCUCGGGGGAUUGGAUGGCAUUACACAUAUCACAGAGGAGAUGCCAAAUCCUGGGCGUAAUGCACCUUUGGCCCUAGCAUGCACCCUUAUUAUUGCUUUCAUUACUGGACUUUCUUACCUUCUCAGCCUCAUGUUCUCGGUGCAAGACUGGUCGAGUCUGGCAGACAGUCCAACAGGUCUACCACUGGCAGCGAUCUUUGGUCAAGCAACACAGAGCCGUGGAGGCGCUUUCGCACUGACAUUCCUUCUAUGGAUUGCCAUUGGGCCUUGCAUGAUUGGCUCACAGCUCAGCACUGGAAGAAUGCUCUGGGCUUUUGCUCGCGACGAUGGCCUUCCUUUCUCCAAGGUCUGGGCCCGAGUCAACCCUCGAUUCGGGGUCCCCUUGAAUGCACAAAUGUGUGUGGCAGUGAUCGUAAGCCUUCUGGGUUGUAUCUAUCUAGGAUCUACCACUGCCUUCAACUCCAUGCUUAGCUCUGCAACGACUAUUAACAAUCUCGCAUAUCUCGUGCCCAUCUUCACUAAUGUCGUGCUGAAUCGCAGCACGAUGCAUCGCGGCCCUUUUCGCCUCCCGCAUAUUGCAGGCAUGACCGUCAACAUUGUUACCGUUAUUUGGCUGGUCUUUGCCAUUGUCUUCUUCAGUUUUCCGUUUUAUAUGCCCGUGACCGCCUCAAACAUGAACUACACGUGCGUCUGUGUUGGCGGAUUCAUCAUUAUCGAGCUCCUAUGGUGGCUGAUCGCUGGCAAACGGUACUCGAAGAAUAUGCAAAAGGCAAGGGAGGAGGCGAGUAACGUGAUGGUUAGGGUGGAUAGCAAGAACUUGUGAUGAAGACAAUGAUCGUGCUAGUUAUUUUCGUGUUACUUUACUUCAGCCUCGGGAGUUCGCUGCGGAUAGUCUUUCUUUCCUUUUUGUCCCUUGCUUUGCUCUUGAUGAGGGAACUGCGACGAUAAUGACGGUGGAAUCAUGCUUACAAAGACUGCCACAGUAGUCGUCAAGAAAUACAAUGAAAUCAAUGAAACCCAUGAAACCAAAGCAAUGUUGCUUUAGGUGCAUGCAA